CGGCGACGGAGUGUGUGUGAGGGAAAACCACAAAGCGCCGAUUAGUUGUAGUUUGUAAUGGAUCCAGGAGGAUUUCUUCUCAUUGGAUCGCAGUGUGUGAUGCCUCGUUCUUACAGAACUGACGGGACAGACAUCGUCAGACAUUAGAAGGAGAGAAGAGAGAGAGAGAGCGCAGCGCAUCUCCACGCGGACCGCGACCCACCUGAUCGAGAUAUGGGGUGUCGGCUCCCGAAAUUGCAGAAAACGUCAGAGCGGCGAAGCCCAGGAAAUAUCUACUCCACCCUCCGACGGCCACAGGUGGAGACUAAAGUGGGUGUGGCUUAUACCUAUCACUUCCUGGAUUUCCUUUUGGGUAAAGAAGAGGUGCCGGUGUCGUCGGUGCUUUGUUUGUCUUCAGUCCGAGAGUUGCCGGUUCAGGUCAGAGAGCUCUACGGGCAGGGUUUCGUCCUGGUUGCUGUGCACCCUUUCGUCCACCCCUGCGGCCCUCGACAUGCGCACAUCCAGCGCCAGCUCCACCGAGCCGUGCUGGUCCGAGAGGUGCCAAGUUCGGAAAAAAGCCAGCUGAGAUGGGCAAACCGUCGUCUGGAGACGGAUGUUUGCGUAGCAGGUCAACAGUUGGCGGAACCGGAAGUCAUCCAGAACUAUGUCAAGAAGAUCCAAGAUGUGGCGGAGCAAGGGGUGGUGUUUGUAGGCUUCCUUCAACAGCCGGGUGGCGCGCCCUGCUUCCUUGGGCACUGGGACCCUGAAGAGCUGUCAUCCCUACACUCUAGCCCUUCACCUAUACACAGAAACCCCUUUAGCGCCAACACCAGUCCAACCGAUCCGACCGAACUGCACCAUAUUAAUGUAGAACCUGAUGAUUAUGUCUUUGAACCGCAUGAAUCGGACCACGAACACGCAGGAGAUACCACGUGGGACCAAAAGCAGGUGACACCGGACUGCAGCCGUCUGAAACCAACCCAGACUUUGAAGCUGGAGGAAUCAAUUGGACUAACCCAAACCAAGCGAUCAACAAAUCAAUCUCAAGAUUAUCACAAAUCUUGUGCAGGUGCAGUGAAGUCGUUGCCAAACCAAAUGUCAACGGAAGUUGCACGGGACCUUCUACAUUCAGGUUCUACAUUAGUUACAGGUUCUCCAGAAACUUCCCACAUGGAACAAAGCCAUCAGGAAUCCACAGAGCGACGUCUUAACCCAGAGCUCAAGUUCCUAAAUCGUGGAUCGAGUCGAGGUUCAAGCUCAGGUAGCUGGCACAGCUCUCCAGAACUGAACCCCAAUCGUGAAACAAGGUCCAACUCUCGUUGUAUAAACGGGCAAAGCAGAAUGACGACACACAACAACAAUCACAUCCGGAUGACGAGUUCUGAGGAACAUAAGAAUGAAUCCUCGCCAUCAGUGCAGGCGAGGAUGCAGCUGUUUGCCCUCUACAACCACACGGGGGAGUUGAGCACAUCUCUGAGGUUCUACUCUCUCCGGGUUCCACUUUGCGUACAAAAAGAGGCGGGGCUAAUCACAGAGGUUGACGCACACUGGCUUGACCACAUGACCCAACACUUCAUCAGUGGUGCGCACCUCAUUGACGGCUUUUUCCACCUCAGUGGUGAUAACGAUAACGGCGUUUCAUCUGUGGACAGUGUCUUCAUCUUCCAGAGCUCUGCAGAGGAGAACACAAACACCCCGUAUGAUGCCAUUGUGGUGGAGCAGUGGACCGUUGUUGAUGGUGUGGUUGUAAAGACGGACUACAUCCCGCUGCUCCAGUCGCUGGCUCCUUAUGGAUGGAAGCUAAUGUGUGUGUUACCCACACCAGUCGUCAAAACCAACAGCGACGGGAGUUUGUCAACCAAGCAAAUUCUUUUCCUUCAGAGACCCAUUUUGCAACGCAAGAGGAAAGACUUCAAGAUGUUGAACCUCAGGGGUCGCAAUAAGACGAAGAGAAACUCUGCCGGAGAAACGCACGGGGAGAGAGAGAACAGGUCUCCUGUGAUGGAGUGUGAGAUGGAGAGGCUGAGAAGAAACACAAAAGAAGAGGAGGGAGAGAGGAGGAAGUGCAGCCCUCAAAAUGAUGGAGAAGACGCGCAUCAAACGGACAGCGCAUCUGAAAACCAGGAGGAAACGGAGAUAGAUGGGACACCACCGCCUGAGCAGAAGACGGCGAGGUGGACAGAUGUGUGCCAGAGGCGUGACGUAGGGGUCAAGGAGGAAGAGAAGGCGAAGGGAUGGAUCAAGCAGCAGCUGAGUGGGAGGGCGCUGUUUUCUGGAGUUUGUUGACACGUGGGGCACGAAUCGGGCAAAGGUAUGAAAUCGGCUGAGAAUUCAUUAAGAUUUUUUGGGGAACAGAUGUUUGAUCUGGAUUUGUCCAGUCCACACACUGUGGGUAGUAUCCAGCGCGCGCACAGCUGCCCCCGGGACACCGAGCCCGUACCUCCUGUGUCGUGCAGGUUUGCGCUUUAGGUCAGUGUUACGGUUUAAUGUCUUUGGGAUUGUCCAGCACAAGUUUCCAGUUCACGCCUUAAGCAUUGUUUUCUUGCUGCUUCUUUUAUUUUACUGCUUUUUUGCAGUGAAAAUGUUCAAAGUGACUGCUGCUUUCGCUGGGCUCGUGUUUUUUUUUUUAAAUAGUUAAAAGAUAGAGUACGCAAGUAUAGUAUGCUGCGAUGACGUUACAUUUAGUGGGCCUAAAUGUUAUUGACAGGAAAUGUGUAAAGUAGAAUUCAGCUAUUUAUUUUUUGGACCACAUGUGGUUAAAGUGGUCACAUUCAAGGUAGAGGUAAAUAAAAGUGUUUAGAACCUG